GUGACAUUGAGAAGAUGGUUCAACUGGGACCAGAAUUGGAAAAGCUUCCGAGGACAUUGGACGGCCCUGGCAAUAAUCUUCAAGUUCAGGCAGCGUGCUCUGGGUGGUGCCGAGACAAAGGCGAGUGCAGCCAAGUCGUCACUAUCGCUAAACCCGGAUCAGGAGGACCCGGCUCACACAGGCGCGCCAGGUGAGGCUUCUGCAGUCGUGCCCCGUGAGCGCAAAACGAAAGAUUGGAUUCUGUCCGAUCUGCGUGAGCAAACAAAAGGGGACAUGCAAGUCAUGUGCGCGGUCCUCAACAACAGCGACAUACACACACUGGCCGAGAUGCUCCCUGCCAGCAUCUGCUCAGACCGGCGGCCGUUGUUCAGGGCGCACCUGGAAACGCUGGAAGCGCUCGAGCAAGUGGAGACAGCAGUUCAGUGGCAAGCCGACCGGGCGAACCGCUGCUGGAUUCGAGACGUGCGUGAGCUUCUACAGAUGCUCAACAGGAUAGAUGUCCUGCGAAACAUCAAGAUCCGGAGCCCUCAAGAUGUUGCCCGAGCAGAUGUUUUCUUUCGGCUUGUGGUUUCCUUGGCGGCAGUCCGAACUUGGUGCUCGCUGCUGUACGACUUGCCACCCGAGCAGCUUGCAGGCAUCCUCAGCAACAACGCAGAGGAAGCUUUUGAUGCCUUGGCCAGUGCCAAGCGCACUGCUGGCGUGAUCCGUUCCGCGAGAGCUGCAGCUGCCGACAGUGGACACCCGGAAAGGGAGGCCUAG